AUGUCUCCGGAAGUAAUUGUUAAUGCUGGCAUUCCAUGUUACAGGUUGGUCCAAAAUCCGGGAGAAUUUGUCUUCACCUUUCCAAGGGCUUACCACUCAGGAUUCAGUCAUGGAUUCACUUGUUUGGAAGUUUCAAAUAUCGCAACUCCUGAAUGGUUGCAGUUCGCAGGAGAAGAUGAAAUUCGCCGGGCAGCAGUAAACUAUCCUCCAUUAGUUUCCCACAUCCAAUUGCUCUAUGAUCUUGCACCAUCAUUCUCUUCAGUGUGGUUCACUCUACAUGAAUUACAAAAUGUCGAAAAGUAUCAUAAUGAAAAGUCAUAUGCGAUAUGCAGAGAUGGAGACACAGAGAGGGACCGAGCCGAUUGA